UUGCAUUAGUUUUGCCGGUAGAGCUCCGGGGACCUCGGCAGAGAUAGUUCCAGGGCUGUGCAGCUGAAGACGAGGUGGCCGUCUGUUCCAGGUCUGUCCUCGGAUCCUGCUCAAAAACACCUCGCUAUUGGAAGGAACACUCAGAUCAGGCGUUUGCUGACUAUCCCGGCAUUCAGGGAGAGAGAGAGAGAUGUCGUUGAAACCAUUCGCCUAUCCGUUGCCCGAAACAAGAUUUCUUCAUGCUGGCAGGCUUGUGUACAAAUUUAAAAUCCGGUAUGGCAACUUCAGCAGCCCUCCUAACCUCAAUCUCACUGAAAGUGCUGCCAAGGAGUCAGAGGAAGUGAUUCGAGUAAUCCUUGGAAAUCUUGAUGAUUUGCAUCCAUUUUCUACGGACCACUUCACCAUCUUUCCGUAUUUGAGUAAAUGGGAGCAAGUAUCAAAGAUGAAAUUCAAACAUGAGAAUGUCCAUCUUGUGCCUUAUCCCUACGUUUGCACGUUGUAUCUAGAACUGAACUCAUUUCAGCAAAACUUCUCUUGCGGUAAAGAAGUAAACAAGGGCAGCGAUGAGCUUAGAAGUCAAAAUCAGUUAUCAGUACCAAAUUUGCAAUGUUUGAAGGUCAAGAGAAGAGAUGAAAUGUCAGAAAGUACCGCAGUGGAAGAAGCAGUGAAGAGGAGAAGAGUGGAAGUCAGAGCUGAGACCUCAUGGCCACAGCCAUGUGUGGACAGAACUGGAGCUGACGGUGUUCACCACAUGAGUAAACCAGAGCAUGGAUUUAAAAAGAAUUCCUCCAAUGCAAAUGGGCUUGAGUUUAGCCCGGCAUCCCAUACUAAAGACUGUGACCAAAUGAGUUUCUGGGAACCUGUGGAAUUUGCCCUCGAAGAAAGAGUAGCCAGUCAGGCUGAGGGUGCAGUGCAGCUGCUGCAGCAGCAAGUGGACCAAACAGGAAAGAAAGGAAACAUGAAGUCAGAAGGAAGAGGUCUUUCAAAGUUCUGGAGAAGCAUCAUCUUUUCGCCACUACAACAUCUUUUUGGUGGAAAAAACUGACCUGGAAGUACUAAUUGUUGUGGAAAGGUAGAUUUGUAGUAUGAAUGUUGGGUUGCACUGUUUCUUCUGUAAUUCAGCUUUUCACGUUGCCUGUCUCAGCUAUUAAAUGCUUUAAAUUAAUUUCUACUUUGCUAAUAUUUUCAAAGUAACGUUCUGAAGAUGUUGGGUUAGAACAACAUGCUGGGGUUUUCUUCACAGCUCAGAGGGUUCAGAAGAGAGCAAAAAACUUUUAAGAUUUUGAUCUUUAAGGGUCAUAAAUUGUGAAUUUCACGUUAUGUGGUAUUCUAAUAAAACAAGCAUCAGCUUGGAA